CGAACGUAUUGUAUUUCGCUCCACCAAUCCAGUCCAUUCCCUGCCACCAUUCCCUUUUGACCAAACAUGGCCGCCUCCACCGCCGCGUCCAAGCUGAACCUGUUCAAAGCUAUCUGUGGGAAGCGAAACUUUGGCGUCGGCCAGAAGGUCACCCGCGCCAUCUGGGACCGCUUUGAGGAAUCUCCUUUGUCCACCACGUCCUUCAUCGAAAUCACACGCGUCGAGCCAUCUGCGGACCUUAGCCACGGCAAAGCUUAUGGCAUCAAGACCUUCCGUGGAGUUUCGGAAGGGAAGGCCCGCCGCGUGGACGGACCUCUCAAGAAGGACUGGCGUAUUGUUGUAUAAUGCAAUGAUAUAAACGUAGAUCCAUCACAUGGUGUACUUCUGA